CAAUUUUCCAGUUAAAGGUGACGUGCGGGAUUCGCGCCGAGCUUGCGAUUCUAAAGAAAUGUCAUCCGAAGAGAUACGUGUAUACUACAUUGUGGAGAAAAUACUGGAUACCAGGAUAAAUCGAGGUGAGAGAGAAUAUCUCAUACUUUGGAAAGGAUUCAGCCGUGAAGAAGCGACUUGGGAGAGUGCUAAGCAUUGUGAGUGUCCUGAAGCCAUUGCAGCUUUUCAUAGAAAGAGAAGGGCAGCCAGGUUCAGUGAAUCGCCGACCUGGAAAAAGCCGUAUCCACUUCGAAAAAAAGCAAAAACAUCUCGACGAUGCAUGCGUUUGACGCGUAGUACCACUGUGUCAAAGGGCUAUGAUGACAAAAACGACUUGGAUGAGGUCGACGCAAUAAUGGCGGAAGAGAAAACAGACGCUAAAUCAAACCAAGUCCAAGAGGGCAAGAAAAUCGCGGCUCUGCUGAACGCUCGUCGGGAAGGAGGUGAACUUGUAUAUACUGUUUUGUACCAAGGAAAGGGUCCCAGGAAGGAAAGGAUCGAUUCCGUACCGUCGAGUGUCUUGAGGAAGGACGCUAAUGAGGAUUUUCUCGACUGUCUCGAAGAGUAUGCUUUGGCAAAUUGCGAGAAUCGUGUUUUCGUUUGAUUCGGAGCACAAGUUUAAGUUUUUGUAAUUAGUCUAUUUCUUAAUAUGUUCAAUUGUUCUAAUUCGCUUGAUGACUGUGAAAGACAAGGUAAGUGUUAUACCUCGUUGUUUGGGUUUUCAUUUCUCAUCGAAUCCGAAAUAGCGUGAAUUAGAAUUUGGAUCCAAAUUUGUUCUCUGUUUGGGACUUUCAUCUUAAAAGAUUUUGCCUUUCCUUGAAUGCCUUGAAAAUGCAUUUCGUCAUUCUUUACCAGCCCUGCUACUUCGAAUCUUGACAUUCUUACCCCGCAAUGCAUUCCCAAACUUUCUCAGAUGUUUAUGUGCGAUCUCAAAUCGGUUGGCUAUUAAUUAUAUAUAAGACAUAAUCAAAAUUGAUGUACUUAGUUUGUCUGUUUACGCUUUCCACAUAUCCGCAAUGAGUUAUGUUCAUUUGUCCAAACUUUUGCUCAUGUUGUUUGCUGUUUUUUCUCAUUCAUCC